UAUGGACUAAAAAACACAUGUUUAAUCUAUGGACUAAAGAACACAUGUUUAAUCUAUGGACUAAAGAACACAUGUUUCAUCUAUGGACUAAAGAACACAUGUUUAAUCUAUGGACUAAAGAACACAUGUUUAAUCUAUGGACUAAAGAACACAUGUUUCAUCUAUGGACUAAAGAACACAUGUUUAAUCUAUGGACUAAAGAACACAUGUUUAAUCUAUGGACUAAAGAACACAUGUUUAAUCUAUGGACUAAAGAACACAUGUUUCAUCUAUGGACUAAAGAACACAUGUUUAAUCUAUGGACUAAAAAACACAUGUUUAAUCUAUGGACUAAAGAACACAUGUUUAAUCUAUGGACUAAAGAACACAUGUUUCAUCUAUGGACUAAAGAACACAUGUUUAAUCUAUGGACUAAAGAACACAUGUUUAAUCUAUGGACUAAAGAACACAUGUUUCAUCUAUGGACUAAAGAACACAUGUUUAAUCUAUGGACUAAAGAACACGAAGACGUCAACAACACACAAUACAUCCCACAGUUUGGGAACCUCUGAUUUAGCAGACACUCUUAACCAGAGCAAUUUAUAGGUGCAAUUAGGGUUAAGCCCCUUGCUCAAGGGCACAUCAGCUAAAUAUUUGAACCUAGUCAGCUCACAGAUUCAAACCAGCGACCUAUCGGUUACUGGCCCAAUGCUCUUUUAACCUCUAGGCUACCUAUCGACAAUAGUAGGAAUAUUUGGUUCAGAUUAACUAUUUAUUGAGCCCUUGUCGCCUUGUCAUAGUAGACCUACUGUAGGCUAUAUGACCCACAUUAAUUUAUGAUGAUGGGUUAUCGGCCUGUGUAAUGCGUGUGUGGUGUGUGUGUGUGUGUGUGUGAAUUGCUCAAUCGUCGCCAGAGGCUGCGUGUGUCAUUCAAGAGGAGGCUGGACCGGGCGGAGUUCCAGCGGCGCUGUUCGACUGCGCGUGAGUCUUUGGAAUCAGCUGUAGCUUUCUCUGCUCUGUGCUACAGCUAGACUUGUCUCUCUCUCCGUACAGCGGGGAGAAUUUCACACCAGAAAGUACAACGCGAUCUCUCUGGACAUCCUCUCUCCAGUCCAGACGGACCUUUGAGAGACCCUUUUGGGGACUGGACUGGGGCUGUCCCCAAAAAGCGACGACAGGGUUUGACACAGAAACUGUAUUUGAAGGAUACAUUCCACUACCAGAUUCUUGAUGCAGCAUACAAAUAGAUUUAACCUGAAAAGUAAGAGUUGCAGUUUGGUGAAAAGCGUUGGGACAGCAGCUGCUCCAUGCGCAUAGGAAGCUACAAUAAUGAAAAGCACAAUUUGCCAUUAAUCAUAAAAGUAAUCUGAUUUGGAUACAAUACACGGUUUAUUGAUUCGCGUUUGCAAAGUGAUAAUUUGCUCUAUUAGAAUGAUAAACGUUAAGUGGAGCAACCCGAUCCCAUGCAUCCGCACGAGAAGAGUCGGACAGAAACGGGAGGACUCAGAAACGGGUGAAGAACUGGUGUCUAAAUGCGCCAGGCUGAGUGAGUCUCCGGGUGACGCGGGGCUCCUCGGUAGCUCGCCAGGGUCACUGCUGUCCCCGGUCCCCUUGAGCGGCCCGACCCAUCAAGGUCCGUCCCGGAUAGGCCAGUUUCUGCUCCUACAUAUGGCUGACAGGGACAGGAUGCACAGCGCACUCAACAUUGACACUGGAGACGCGCUGGUGUGCAAGAUGUUUGACAUGGGUCUGUACCAGGAGAAGAUUCGGGCCUACCGCAUCCUGCCGGUCCACAGGAACAUCAGCUGUAUCCGAGACAUUGUCCUGGGAGAGCGUUGGGCAUACGUCUUCCUAGAGAAGGACCACGGGGACAUGCACACCUUCGUUAAGAGCUGCAAGCGUUUGGACGAGGAGCGGGCGGCACAGCUCUUUCACCAGGUGGCGUCGGCCGUGUCACACUGUCACCAGCAUGGCGUCGUAUUAGGAGACCUGAAGCUACGCAAGUUUGUCUUCUCUGACAGGAAAAGGACCCAUGUGAAGCUGGAAGGCCUGGAGGACUGCAGGGUUCUAGAAGGAGAAGAUGACUCCAUGUCAUACACCUAUGGCUGCCCAGCCUAUAUCAGCCCAGAGAUCCUGAGCGUCUCCAGCUCCUACUCCGGGAAGCAGGCGGACGUCUGGUCCCUAGGGGUGAUGCUCUACACUAUGCUGGUGGGACGCUACCCUUUCCACGACCCAGACCCAGCUACCCUCUUCUCCAAGAUCCGCCGGGGCCAUUGCUGCCUACCCGACCUCUCUCCCCAGGCCAAGUGCCUGCUGCGAUCCCUGCUGAGGAAAGAACCAUGGGACAGACUGACUGCCGCCGAGGUGCUUAUCCAUCCGUGGUUCCACACCACUGCCACCAACGCACAGGAAACAGGGGUCAGUGAACAGGAAGUGGGCUCAGUGGAACAGACAGUGCCUUCCUGUGAUGUGGAAGAGGAGGAUGAUCUGUUCUGUUGAUCGAUGGGGUGCGUCACCGUGACUGACUCAACCCCUCGAGUGGAAUCGGACCAAAACAUGCUCAAAUGUUACCUUCAAGAGGGUUUACAUUUUAUUUUGAUUUGUUUUUGGAUAAUGGUGGUAUACUGUUGUGUAUGUACCUCAGACACAAGUUUAUAACUCAAAAGUACUGUAGUGUUUCAUCUAUGUGUGUUAGAUUAAGGGAAUUGUGUGAAGUACUCCACCAUCAUUGUGCGUUGUGUUCACAAGAAGUAAUUUGGUGCUAAAAACCAGCUCACCGUCACAUGAUGAUGUUUUAUUAGAGUAGAUUAAAGAUACAAUCUGUUGUUCAAACGACACCCUGACACUGUUUUGAUAAAUAGCUGUGGGAAUAACAGAGUAGAAACUCAGGGGCUAAUAGAGGUGUGGGAAAGUGUAUAUUAGUACCCUUAGUACUGAACUGACAUCUGACUAUUUCUACGCUGAGUACUGAACUGAUAGACUAUUUCUACCCUGAGUACUGAACUGAUAUCAGACUAUUUCUACGCUGAGUACUGAACUGACAUCAGACUAUUUCCACGCUGAGUACUGAACUGACAUCUGUCUAUUUCUACACUGAGCACUGACAUCGGACUAUUUCUACGCUGAGUACUGAACUGAUAUCUGACUAUUCCUACCCUGAGUACUGAACUGACAUCGGACUAUUUCUACCCUGAGUACUGAACUGACAUCGGACUAUUUCUACCCUGAGUACUGAACUGACAUCUGUCUAUUUCUACGCUGAGUACCGAACUGACAUUUUACUUUUUCUAUGCUGAGUAAUGAA